CCAUAUACUGCCCUAGUCCCCAUUAACGCCUAAUCUGAAAAGAAAAAGGAAUUCCUCCUCCUGGUCCCAAAAUGCAGUGACCACUCUAAAUUCGAAUAGAACUUGUUUGUCCUAUUGGGGCACCUGUAAAGAAAGGCUGCUCUGCUGUCUCUGGAUUGGCUGUUGCCAUGGCUCCGGUUUGUUGAGCCGCUGCUGUGCUUCUGAGUGAAGAAGGGUGCGUAUGAGCGGGUCCUCCGUGGCGACCCUGACAGCACAGAAAAAAAAUGGCCAUGAAAUCGCUUGUGGGGAAGAAAGACACGUGAUGUCCAUAUCUAGAGAAGAGAAUUAUGGAGGACAGUGAUGACAGUGAUGCAAAGCUCAGAGAAGAAAUAGAAGCUGAAUUGGAUAAAAUCAGCAUUUCUUCCUUGGAAAAUGAUGAGGUUGAAAAUGAUUCAGAAUCAGAAACUCAGAGUGACAAUAGUGAUACGGAUUUAGUUGAGUUGCCAGAGUCAGUUCUUCACUGUAUCAACGUCAUAAGGAACAGGAGUAAAACUGCUGAAGAGCUCUUUCUUCAGGACUUAGAGGACACUGAUGUCUUCAGUUGUAGUUAUGGUACAGUUUCUAACAGUCAUGUGAAUUUGAGAACUGGAUCAUCAGCUGAAUCAAAAGCAAAUUCUGAGCAAUUAAUGAAGAUAUUAUCUGUAAUAGAAAAGGAGGAAUUUAUGAGAAGUCUAACUCAUUCUGCCAGGUCUGAUUCCAUUCCUGAGCCCGUUGCUGUUGACACACCAAUGGAUGAAUAUAUUUUACCAGAUGAUGCUGAUUUGAGUUUUGGAUACUUUGAAGUAGAAGAAAGAUGUAGAAAGUCUUUUGAAGCUUGGCAGGACAAACAGAAAGAACUGGAAGAAACAGAUAAAGAAACUCUUAAAGCUCAGAGUUAUAGAGAAAAACAGAAAUUUCAAGAAGACGAUGAAAAGAGACACUGCUGGAUAAGACAGUUUGAAGUUGAAAAGGAAAAAUUAGAAACCCUUCAGAAGCAAGACCAGGACAAAAUUAAUGAUGAACUUCAUAAAGAAGAGAAACUGUGGAAAGAAAAAUACAGAGAACAUGAGGAACUUAUUAGAAACUUGCAUUUACAAAUGGAGGAGGAAAGAGCAAGAUUAAGUGAGCUCCAGGAAAACGAAAAGGCACGCUUGCUAACACUGCAGCACAAUGCAGCUGUAAAAAUCCAAGCUAAAUAUAGAGCGUUUAUAGCUUACCGCAAAUACAGUCCAAUCAUAAGAGAGCAAAUAGAAAAGAAGAAGAGGAAAGUGCGGGAGUGGAAGGAGAAGGAAGCAAAGAUCCGACAAAUGGAGGAAGAGAGAAGAAGAAGAAUUGAAGAGGAGAAGAGGAUUGAGGAGGGGAGAAAGAAGAGGAUGCUGGAGGAAAGGAGGAGGCGGGAAAGGGAAUAUGAAGAGAAAAAGAGCAUCCUGAGACAAGAGCUAGAGGAGCAAAGAAACAAGGAAAAGAUGAGACCCAGGGAAGAAUCCUGCCAACUGCUCAUCAUUACCCCUGCUUUGGAGAAAGGGGAAGGUCGUGCCAAGCAGCCAGCUGUCGCAAACGUGGCAAAGAAUAAGGAUGCUAUAACCGAAGAGUUAGCGAACACCAAAUCAAAGAAGCAAAAAGAUGCUUGUCUGGUUCAGCAGUCAAACGAGAGAGAAAAUGUUCAUAAACAGUUGACACUGAGAGAAUCAAUAGGAGUAAAAAUUAAACAGAGCCAGACCGUUUUGGCAGAAUUAAAAAUGAGUGAAAAAAAUGAAAACUUACCAAAAUUAAAAAUGAAAGAAAAAAAUGAAAACUUAUCAAAAUUAAAAAUGGAAGAAAAAAAUGAAAACUUAUUAAAAUUAAAAGUGAAUGAAAAAAGCGAGAACUUACCAAAGAAACAAUGUUCAGAAAAAUCGACUAAUCAAGAAAUUACCUUUGAAAAUACAGAACAAAAAAAUGAAUUGAAAAGCUCAGACUUAAAGGAAAAUGUCAAUAAGCAGUGCCAGGGGCAAAAACUGGAGUCUCAAACUCAAAAAGAGGUAAAGGUGAAGCAUGCCACAAAGGAGAAUAUGGGACAAGAAACCCAGAUAGUGUUUGGAUACAAACCAGAAAUGAAUGAAGAGGACAACAAGGAGGCACAGGAAAUCAUCAAAGAUAAUCGAGAGAGACUGGCUGAAAAUAUAGAAAAAAAAGACAUAACAGAGCAAGAUGGAUCAUUGUAUGAGAAUUGUUCUUCAACUAUCUCCGUGCAAAAAGAUCUACUAUCAUCGCUAAUAUUAGAAAAUCCCGAACCUGUAGAAAGAAAUGUAAUGUUAGAAGACAAAGAGAUUGAUUUAAAAUCUAAAAGAGUUGAGGAAAUCCCUAAAGACAUUAUUCUGACUUCUGAUCCUGUGGUCAUUAACUCAGAUGUCCGGGUGCAUAUGGAAGACAAAACAAACCAGCAGGGUGCUGUCUCAGGCAAACAGGCAUCCAGUGAAGAGACUGGCAGUCACAGUGCUAAUAGCCCCUUGGUCACCGAAGAAGAGGACUCUCCUAAAUCUGAGAUUAAAGACAUUCCAGAACAAUGGAAGCAAACUAGGGAUGAAAGUGACAGUGUCCUGGUCAGCUGUGUUUCACAGAUAACCGUUGAAUCUUCAGUUGAGGAGAGGAGACUAGCUUGGAUAAAGUCAUUUAAACCUUGGUCUGAAGUCUUUGAGCAAAGUCAACUCAAGAAAACCAUUAAAAAAAAGAGACUUAUGAAGUGUCCAGCAAAUACAAUGCCUCCUUUGGAUACAUCAGCCAUUCUCCAGAUUGGCCCUUGGAAUACUUUACAGCAGGUCACGGCCAUUACAUUUCAGGAUUUGCCCGGCUGCAGUCUCUCUACACUGGCAGAGUGCACGAAUCUUCAGCUUUUGUCCCUCCAACGCUGCGGAUUAACUUCAUUGUAUGGCCUGAACCACUGCAAAAACCUCAAGUAUAUCGAUGCACAGGAAAACCAAAUUGAGAGCAUCAAUUGUGAAAAUUUGGAAAAUCUCUGUGUCGUUCUUCUUAAUAAAAACCUGCUGACUUGUAUUCAUGGUUUGGAUGGAUGCACUAAUAUCCAAAACCUUGAAGUUUCACAUAACAAAAUCACUCGAAUCAGUGGUUUAGAAUCUUUGAAAUACCUUCAGCAACUAACUGUGGACCAUAAUCAGUUAAUUAGCACUAAAGGACUUUGUGAAGCACCCACCAUUGUAUACCUGGAUUGUUCACAUAAUAAUCUUACUGAUGUUGAUGGCAUCGGAAAUUGUGGAUUGCUCCAAAUAGUAAAGUUGCAGGGAAAUUACCUAAGAGAGCCUCCUUCCUUAAAAAAUCAUGUUCUGCUUAGAGAAUUGCAUUUGGAUGACAACAGCAUCUUAAACGUGGAUGUACUUUCUUCAUGUUGGCUGCCUUUACUACAAGAGCUUAGUAUCUCUCAAAACAGUUUAGCAACAAUUGUACCACUGUUUCAUUUUGUGUCUUUGGAAAAACUAGAUGUCAGCAAUAAUUGUCUUUCUGAUCUUUCAAGUAUCAUGUGUUGGUUCAACUCAUGCCACUCUCUCCGAGAGCUUUGUCUCACCGGAAACCCAGUACUUCAGGAAAUUAAUUGGAGGCAUUCUAUACUUAAACUACUACCUGCUCUGAGAAUGCUCAAUGGUGACAUGCUAAACUCUCACUCUGAUGUCCAUGUUGAAGAAUACUUUCAUCAAGACCUAGCAUGGUUCUUGGCACUUUGUCAGUACCAACUUCAAGAGUUCAACUUGUUAACUGAAAAGUAUACCACACAGAAGGGGAGCAUUCUGACUUUGCAUGCUGCAGACAAGCUCUGUCACUAUUAUAAGAGCCUAAUGAAACUCAGUAAUGAAUGCAGACGUGCACAUGAAUGUGGGGAUGCGACAGUCAUAAAGAGGGUGGAACCGGAAACCAAGGAAACCCAGCCAGCCCUUUCCAACACCAACAGUACACUGCAAAACAAAUAUGAAGCAGAUUCACCAAAUACUUCUGGAAACCUGAUAGACUCUGACAAUAGACCGCCCCCAUUAAUCUGUGAAGAAGCUGAAGGGAGAAAUCAGGAGGAAAACAUGGCACACAGCAGGAUACAUAGUCCCUCUGCCAGAGGAACCUCAUUCAUAGAAAUGAAGAUGGCAAAUUCUCCAAUGAGUAGUCCUCAAAGUACUGAACACAGUGAAAAAAAUAAGGCAGCUGUGUUAAUCCAGUCCCAAUGGCGUAGUUAUAUUGCACGCAGACAGGUUGAUUUCUCUGCAAAAAUGAAUCCUACCACCGCAGAACCCCUGCAUAAUCCCUUUAGCAAUAAUGGGACUACUUCAAAUAAAGAAAGAAGAAAAAAUAUGAAUGUCCAAGAAGAGAGGGAGAAGGCCGCUUUUCAUAUCCAGGCAGUUUGGAAGGGCUUUAUUUUACGAAAGAAACUGGCGACAGCCCUGGAGGCUAUCAGGAAUGAAGAAUCUGGAGAGGAAUAUGAAGAAAUAGAUUUAGAGGAUUUUGAAUAUGAUGAGGAUGCCUUGGAGAAAGACUGGCCAGUUUUAGAUUCCACCGGCUUCCCUUCACAAACACUGCCUCUCUCCAACCAGCUGCCCUGGCCAAAGAAUGCUCGGACUUUGAAACAUGAUGAAAUGUCCCUUAGUGUGCCAACUCAUCCAUCUCAGGCAUGGCUAUGCAAUGAGAACGAAAAUUUGCUUUCAUCAGAACACACGCAGUUAAGUAGCAGCAGAUCAGAAAACAGAACUUUAUCCUGGACCUCCGAAUCAAACAUGAGUAGGAAGAGUUUACUGCAAUCUGAAAAGGAAGAAAAAAUUUCAGAAGAAUGGGGUUUUAAGGAUAUUUCUACAGCUCAGCAGAUGCUAAAGAGAGCUCAGAAAAUGAAAUCAAAAAAAUUAAGGAAAAAAUUAGAACCCUCUGUACGAUUAGCAAUAUUCCGAAAACACAAAAGUGGCAUUUCUGUUACGAAGCCAUCAAAGAGGACACAGCUCAGGAGAGAUGGUUACUCUGAAGAUGAGGAGGAAGAUGCCCUCUGCAAGCCCACUGCUAUUGAAAAGUUAGAGAAGACUAAUGAGUACACCUACCAGUGGCUUCAUACCCAAGUUGGCUUUCCAGAAACAACUAGUUCCAGAGCCCUGAAAUGCAAUCACUUCUUGCCUGAGUUAGAUCCAGAUGUACUUAAUGGUGGAAGAGUUCAACUUGUGGCAAGACUUGUAAGCAGAGAAGACACGGAUUUAGACCAUUUUUCCAUGACCAGUGGAAGCGCUUUGUCUGUGAACAAAGAAAAAAAAAGCCAGGCACACAGAUUCUCAUCGGGAUCCUCAAGUUGUUCAAGCAAGGGAAUACUUGCACCAAUGCUAACGAAUACAAGACCUUCUAUUAAAGAACGCAUAUCAUUCCGUGACAAUCCUGUUCAACUCAGUGGUGGAUGGGGAAGUGGCAAAAAGAAGGCUAAAACCUCUACCUAAUGCUUCCAGUUCAGCAUCCCAAACACAAGGCCCAUGAUUCACGCUCAUGUAUAUCUGGUCCUCUUAUGAGUUGAAAACAAAGAUUUAGAGUGGUGUAUUUAAUGUUUCAUUACAAUAAUUCAUAAUUUUGUUUUGGGGGGCAGUUACCUACUUCUCAUUCAUUGCUAGAAUUUGCAGUUCCUCUUGUGUUUUUGUGGAAUGACCUCACACACAAAUUCUUGAGACACUUCAGGGCAAUUUGUAUCUGCAGUGUCUCCUUUGGUUUAUAUUUUAUUUAUGACACAUAUCCUCAAGACUAUUCUUUUAACUAUUAAUAUAACAUAUAAAGAAAUAUAAAUAUAUUGGUGUUGCUUAAAGAAAUAUUAGUGAAUAAUUACUACAUUGAUAAGUUUGAAUGAACCACACUAUACUUCUUAGGUAUUUCAAAGAUGAACUACAUAUAAAAAUUCAAAAUACACCCUGAAAAAUCACAACUUUUAUUUUUAUUUUAAAGCAUCUUAGAGGAUUAUGAUAUAUAUACAUAUAUAUACUUUUAAGUUAAAAUGAAAUACAAAUUUAAAUAAUUAUCAACCUGUUAAUUUGGAAGUGUAUCUGUAAUGUUUCAUUCCAGUAUAUUUUAUCCUUGUUCAAAAUAGGUUGGUGUGAAUUGUGAUUCUUUAAGAUUAUUCAAUUCAUUAUUAAUUGCCAUUUAAAUUUUUUUCAAAGCUGAAAACCAUCAUUUUAAAAUGUUAGUAUAUUUUCUUAAAUCACAGAAAGGACACAUUAAGGUCUUACUAGAGUGAGGAUAAUUUUCUCCUAUGAUCUUAGCAAAUACAGUAUGCAAAAUGCUGCAUUCUGCUCAGGGCCCCACGGAGGAUCUAUUAAUCUGCAUCUGGAAUGUCUUUCACGAAGCUAAAGCCAGGGUUCUCCAGUAACCCUCCUUAUUGCACUCUGUGUAAUAGGAGCCAGCGAGCUUCAGCUUGCCCUUUUGUUUUUCCUGCUCUCUAGUGAAAUUAUUCUUCCAGCGAUGACUAACCAGAUUUCAAGAUGCAUUUGUUUAGUUUUUAUCCCCCCUGUACUUUUGGAGCCCUGUUGCAUUUCAGACCUGUAAAUCUCUUUCAACCUGAUUGAGGUAGAAAUGUUAACGAGCUUUGAGCUGUCAAUCUAUAAAGAAAACAUGGAUUCCUAUGCUUCAGCCUAGAAAUGGAGCUCCAUAUGUACUUGUUUUGUGAACACUGUUAGAUCACCCCUUUGCUAACAACAUUCACGAAUCAGUAUAAUGCAAUGAUGGAAAAUAUUUUAUCUCAGCUUAUUGUCAACUCUGCAGGAGAAAACCACAUUAGAGCUGACAUUGAUAGGGUUUUAUGGUUCAUAUACCUGCUCAAUGAAGUGGAAAGACUAGUAUGAGAAAUGAGAUGUUUAUUAUUAAACUGGUUUAGUAUGUAAAAGAAACUUAUUAGUUUUUUUCUUAUGUAACUUUUGUGAUUUUUUUCAUUAUAUUAAUUGGGAAAAUUAUUGCAUUGAUAUUCUUAAAUUUGUAGGCAAUGUUGAUAAAUGUGAAUAAAAUUGCUCCUGAAUCAUGGUGUUUAAAUUGGAAGUUCUUUAUAGUGUGAUUUAUGUGGGCCUACCCUGAAAUUGAUUAUCUAAAGAACCUUAUAAUUUCAAACCUGUCAUUUUGGAGUACUAGUUAUAGAUUUGUGUUUAUACAAUUGAUAUUUUUAAAAUUUAAUAAAACAUGCAAGUAUUUCAACACA